AUGUUGUUGCUUUGUGUUGCAGAGGGCCAAGCCAGCCACCUGAACCUGUUCAACUCGCGGCAGCAGGCGAAGAAGAAGCGGAAGUCGCGCACGGCGUUCACCAACCACCAGAUCUUCGAGCUGGAGAAGCGCUUCCUGUACCAGAAGUACCUGUCUCCAGCGGACCGCGACGAGAUCGCGGGCCAACUCGGCCUGAGCAACGCGCAGGUCAUCACGUGGUUCCAGAACCGGCGCGCCAAGCUCAAGCGCGACAUGGAGGAGCUCAAGAAGGACGCCGGGUCCACCGACGUCUUGACCGCGCACAGGUCCUUCCUGGAGAAGGUCACCGACCUCGGCAUUCUGAAGAAGAAGGCGCCCUCAAGCAGCGCCCCGAUGGCGGCAGCUGCAUCCGCUGUGGGGGUGGCAUCUGGAGUCUGUGGGGGCCGAGGCGACUCGGGUAUCGACAAGUAG